UUUUCAAAAGUGCUGUUAACAUAAACAGAGCAGUAAAUCUGGGGCACCAUUUUUUUUUUCAAAGUUGUUAAGAAGAAUUMUAUCAGUGUGCAGGUGUCACACGCAGUUACUCAGAAUCAGAAAGAAGACUGAUGGGGGUUAGAAGAUCUCCAUCUAUCUUUUUGUAACCAACCACGUCCAGGCUGUUUCUUCAAUACUUCCUCUUGCUAAUGAAGGUACUGGUUGGGGAUGGGUAGGGCUUUCCCAUCUCAGCACAAGACUGCAAAAUUUGAAUGUGCCCUGGURGCGGCCUCACUGACCACGCCAAGUACCCCCGGCAGAAAUCUGAGCAGUAAUAACAGCAAGUGCGGAGGCAAGACACAUCAAAGCAGAGAUGGGAAGUGAAAGAGCUCUCGUUCUGGACAGAUUAGCAAGCAAUGUGGCAAAACGAAAAAGCUCAAUGCCUCAGAAAUUCAUUGGUGAGAAGCGCCACUGUUUUGAUGUCAAUUAUAAUUCCAGCUACAUGUAUGAGAAGGAGAAUGAGAUGAUACAGACCCGGAUGAUGGACCAAGCCAUCAACAAUGCUAUCAGCUAUCUUGGGGCUGAAGCCCUGCGCCCCUUAGUCCAGACACCACCUGCCCCCACCUCUGAGAUGGUUCCAGUUAUCAGCAGCAUGUACCCCAUAGCCCUCACCCGGGCUGAGAUGCCAAAUGGUGCCCCCCAAGAGUUGGAAAAGAAGAACAUCCACCUGCCAGAGAAGAAUCUGCCUUCUGAAAGAGGCCUCUCCCCCAACAAUAGUGGCCAUGACUCUACGGACACUGACAGCAACCACGAAGAACGCCAGAAUCACAUCUAUCAACAAAAUCACAUGGUCCUUCCCCGGGCCCGCAGUGGGAUGCCACUGCUGAAGGAGGUCCCCCGCUCUUAUGAACUCCUCAAGCCCCCUCCCAUCUGCCCAAGAGACUCCAUCAAAGUGAUCAACAAAGAAGGGGAGGUGAUGGAUGUGUUUCGGUGUGACCAUUGCCGCGUCCUCUUCCUGGAUUAUGUGAUGUUCACCAUUCACAUGGGUUGCCAUGGCUUCCGUGACCCUUUUGAGUGUAACAUGUGUGGAUAUCGAAGCCAUGAUCGAUAUGAGUUCUCGUCUCAUAUAGCGAGAGGAGAACACAGAGCCAUGUUGAAAUGAACAUCAGUACAGAGAUUGCACUAAGGAUUCAAUCUCAUUUUUAAAAACUGAUAACCCUACUCUAACAGGUUGUUCUCAGAUCCACACUCCUUUCCACACCAUUUUUAGUAGGGUCAUGUUUCACAUGGAUAGUCAGAGAAACCCUGUCUUCAUUCAGACAUUGUCUGCAAAUCUUCUUUUUACUUUUGUGAAACCUUUGUUUUACCAUCAGUUGAAUUUUAAGGAAUUUAAAAGCCAAAGAAGUAUUUUGUCAUCAUAUUUUGCAGCAAUAGAA